CAGAAAGUGGUCGCCAAUUGAGGGAUCUCAAUGUCUUUUCUCUCUUUCAAUCGGUUAAUGUGAUCACGACUGGAAAUCUCAAUUGACGAGAGGCGUACGAAACAAAAUAUAUACAAAGUCGCGGUCAAAUGUGAUAAAGUAUCGAUUUAUGGCCAUAAGACCAUAAGAAAACCUUUGAAUAUUAACCACUACUAUUAAAUGCAAACUUGCAGCCAUCAGUGGAAGCCGAAACCAGUUUCCAAAGAAAAUAAGUCGUCGUGCAAUUAGAAAAGUUUAUAAUUUCUGAUUAUUCAGACCAGAUUCUACAGUCGUACUUAUUUACUGAAUGCUGUAAAAGCGAAAUUUCCGAGUAAACUAAAUUCAUUGAUAAGCGCCAGCUGUGCGAAGUCAAAAAUGAACAAAGGCAAUUAUAAAGUCUAACUUCUAUUAUAUUACGCAGAUUGGGCUGCUCAAAUGCAGCCAUGUAAAUGGCCCACCAGUAAUCUACUCGCCUGACCUCGGACAAGAUCUCAUCGAUACGGAGUGGGUGGCAGUGCAGUGCAUUGGAGACUCUAUCGAUCGAACUCAUGCAAGUUGUUGACCAACCAGUUCGUUGGGGUGCGACGACCUUGGUUCAAUCCAUCCAACUUUGAGCGAUAAGAUUAUCCGCGAUUCUCCUUAAAAAAAGUUAAGUGAAAGCUUCGAAAUGUAUCAGUGAUUGGGAGCAAAUUGGUUCUGCAUUUAUUAAGAACUGAGCAGUCGGCAGUUCAGUUCACUGGUUUAUUGACCAGCUUAACGUUCAGUCCCGCGCAUAAACAAAAAGCAAAAAUCAAAUAAAACCAACUCCCCAUACGGGUAUCUGGUUCAUAAACAACAAUCUGCCGCCGUCUAAUGGCCGAUAACGCGGUGCAAGCUCAGCCAAAUGGUCUGGCCCAGAAGCGAAAGGCGCUGGAGCUGCACUUUAGCCAAGUUAGCUACAGUUUGAGGGGGGCCACAAAGGGCUCCACUCCCAUCAUCAACGAGGCAUGCGGGGUCUUCAAGUCGGGACGACUUACGGCCAUCUUGGGUCCCUCGGGAGCUGGCAAGUCCACCUUGCUCAAUGCUUUGGCAGGUUUCAAACUCCAGGGAGUUACGGGCCAGUUUCUGUUGAAUGGACGCCCCAGGGACAUAAUGAGCUUUCGGAAGAUGUCUGCCUACAUUGCUCAGAACUUUGUGAUGCUGAAUCUGCUCACCGUUGAGGAAACACUGCGAGUUUCUGCAGACCUGAAAAUGCCCAGCUCCACAGUUCCCCAGGAGAAACAGAAAAUUGUAGACGACAUCAUCGACAUACUGCAGCUACAGUCCUGCCGCAGGACACUGGUGAAGAAUUUAUCCGGCGGCGAGCACAAGCGCUUGUCCAUUGGCAUUGAGUUGGUCACGAAUCCGCCCAUUAUGUUCUUCGAUGAGCCCACCAGCGGAUUGGAUUGCGUGGGCAGCUACCAGGUGAUUUGCCAUCUGCAGCGACUGGCGCACGAGGGCAGGAUAGUUGUGUGCGUGGUUCAUCAGCCAGGAUCGCGACUCUUCCAGCUCUUCGAUGAUGUCCUGGUUUUGGCUCACGGAGAAGUCCUUUACGCUGGUGAACAGCGCGAAAUGCUGGCUACCUUCGCCCAAUCCGGCCACAUCUGUCCACAGUACUACAAUCCCGCGGAUUUCGCCCUGGAAGUGUGCAGCCAGUCCUCCACCACAGAACGCUGUGAAUCGCUCAUCACUCGGAACAAGAUGAUGCACUGCACCGCCAGUGAUGUUGUGAAGCUCCAAGUUGGUGAGGAGACAGCCUUGAUUGAUGUUCACAAGGAUGCCUUGGACUUGUCCCACCUGCGUGGUAAGGAGCAGGUGCAUUUCUGGAUUCAGCUAAAAGUCCUGCUCUGUCGUCAUAUGCGCUCCAUGUCCAGGGAUAUGGUGGCUGUCCAAAUGCGUCUGGUGAUGCACGUGGUGGUGGCCCUGCUCCUGGGCGUGGUCUACUGGCAGAUAGGUGGCGAUGCCCAGAAAAUCGUCUCCAAUGUAUCCUGCCUGUUCUUUGUGAUACUCUUCGUGUUUGCCGGCAAUGCCAUGCCCUCGAUCCUGCUGUGCAUGCAGGACUCGGCGGUGUUCAUCAGGGAGUACUACAACGGCUGGUACUCCCUGGGCGCCUACUAUCUGUCCAAGGUCCUGGCCGAUCUGCCCCUCCAGCUGACCUGUCCCACCAUGUUCAUCGGCAUCGGGUACUUCAUGACCGGUCAGCCUCCGGAAUUCCAGCGCUUUGCCAUGUGCUGGACUGUGUGCGUGCUGACCGCCUUCAUUGGCCACUUCAUCGGCGUGAUCGCUGGCUCGCUGUUCCCCAUGCAGUUGGCCAUAUUCCUGGUGCCCAGUGCCACCAUUCCGUUCCUGCUGUUCUCCGGCUUCUUCAUUCGCCUGAACGAGCUCUCCUGGUUUCUGCGCCCCAUCUGCGACGUGUCCUUCUUCAGGUACAUCUUCGAGGGUCUGAUGAGGGCCAUCUAUGGAUACGGUCGCGGGGAACUGGAGUGCCAUGCCACAAACAACUUCUGUUACUACAGAACGGCGGAGCAGUUCCUCAAGGACUUCCAAAUGCAGGGCGAUGAGUUCGCCUGGGAUGUGACUGUCCUGGGAGUGUUUCUCGUCCUCCUGCUUCUGGCCUUCUUUGUGACACUAAGCGCAGUCAUCCGACGAGCCCUUCGGUGAUAUCUUAAAUUAGGGAGAUUGUUAGUGAAUGCAAAUAAAGUGUUACGUUUGUUUAACAUUCUUCCUACA